CAAUAAAAGGGGCCUGCAGAAGGUAGAGGUGUUUCAGAAACGUCAAGACUCUCUGCUGUCAACUCUCCUUCCUCCUGCCUUAUUGACAGACAGGGAAUUCAGUGCUUGAUUGCUCUGUGCAGUCUUCAUCAUGUGGCUAUUGAUAUUCUUAGCCUGGUUGGUGAUAUGGGCUGGUGGGACGUACUGGUAUCUUUUCGGCAAGCCAAGCCCUUUCUCUCUGGAGUCAGUGAGGCCUCCAGGACCCCGGGAGUUUGACCAGAGGAAGAGGGACAAAGUGAUCAAACAAGGUAAGGUAAAGCUCUGGGUUGAUUAUUUGAUUAUGGCUCUGUGAUUGUGGUAGCAUUCUAAUCCAUCUCCGAGCGAUAGAAGAUAUAUCAUUUAUGUACAAUCAUAUAGGAGCAAAGACAAGGAAUGCCCCAAUGAAAAUGAAAUGUAGAUACCUUACGUUUAUGACCGUUAGAAGAAGAUGGGUAUUGUAUGACAACCUCUGUACACUUUUUAAUUUCACUUUUCACCUCAUUUUAUGAUAACAUGUACCGCCAUUUUCAGAUAAGGAUUGAGAGUGUAGAGAGAGGUAUAGACAGAGAGAGAUACUGUAUACUGCAAAUGGCCUGGUUGAAUGAGUAUGUUAUCUCAAUGACCUACUAAAUGUCAUAAUACAUCUGAUUGUAAAAGAGCAUUUUAACUUAGCAACAUUAUUAACUUGAAUUUGGUUUUCUGUCCAGGUUUCAGAGUUGACAAAGUGCCCCAGAACCUGGAUGCCAUAGUGAUUGGUAGUGGCAUUGGGGGCCUGACGGUGGCGGCCACGUUGGCCAAAGUGGGGAAGAAGGUCCUGGUCCUGGAACAGCAUGACCAGUCAGGAGGCUGCUGUCACACCUAUGUAGAGAAAGGAUUCGAAUUUGAUGUUGGUAAAACAGAGGUCUUAUUUAUUUUUAUUUAUUAAGGAUCCUCAAGGCAGCAGCUACUCUUUCUGGGGUCCAGCAACAUUAUGGCAGUUAUAUACAAUUUAAAAUAUUACAUGACAUUACAUUUCAUAACACUUUUCACAAACAUUAAGUGUGUUCCCUCAGGCCACUACUCUACUAUCACAUAUCUACAAUACAAAAUCCAUGUAUACAUGUGUGUAGAGUGCGUGUCUUAUCAUGUGUAUGUGUGUCUGUGCCUGUGUGUGUGUGUCUCUUCACAGUCCCAGCUGUUCCAUAAGGUGUAUUAUUAUCUGUUCUUAAAAAAUCUGAUGUGGAAUAGAGUUCCAUGUAGCCAUGGCCCUAUGUAGUACUGUACGCCUCCCAUAGUCUGUUCUUGACUUGGGGAUUGUGACGAGACCUUUGGUGGGAUGUCUUGUGUGGUAUGCAUGCGUGUCCGAGCUGUGAGCUAGUAGUUUAAACAGACACGUCGGUGCAUUCAGCAUGUCAACACAGACUUCUCCCAAUCUUAACUACUGUUGUAUCGACAUGUUUUGACCGUGACAUUUUACAAUCCAGGGUUACUCCAAGCAGUUUAGUCACCUCAACUUGCUCAAUUUCCACAUUAUUUAUUACAAGAUUUAGUUGAGGUUUAGGGUUUAGUGAAUGAUUUGUCCCAAAUACAAUGCUUUUAGUUUUUGAAAUAUUUAGGACUAACUUAUUCCUUGCCACCCAUUCUGAAACUAACUGCAGCUCUUUGUUAAGUGUCACUGUAGUAGCUGAAAUGUAUAGUGUUGAGUCAUCCGCAUACAUAGACACACUGGCUUUACUCAAAGCCAGUGGCAUGUCAUUACUAAAGAUUGAAAAAAGUAAGGGGCCUAGACAGCUGCCCUUGAUUAUGUUGGCGAGGCUUCCAUUAAAUAACACCCUCUGUGUUCUGUUAGACAGGUAACUCUUUAUCCACAAUAUAGCAGGGGGUGUAAAGCCAUAACACAUACGUUUUUCCAUCAGCAGACUAUGAUCGAUAAUGUCAAAAGCUGCACCGAAGUUGAACAAAACAGCUCCCACAAUCUUUUUAUCAUCAAUUUCUCUCAGCCAAUCAUCAGUCAUUUGUGUAAGUGCCGUGCUUGUUGAAUGUCCUUCCCUAUAAGCGUGCUGAAAGUCUACAGUAAAAUAACAUUGUAUCUGGUCAAACACAAUUUUUUCCAAAACUUUACAAAGGGUGGGUAACAGGCUGAUUAGUCGGCUAUUUGAGCCAGUAAAGGGGGCUUUACUAUUCUUGGGUAGCGGAAUUACUUUUGCUUCCCUCCAGGCCUGAGUGCACACACUUUCUAGUAGGCUUAGAUUGACGAUAUGGCAAAUAGGAGUGGCAAUAUCGUCCACUAUUAUCCUCAGUAAUUUUCCAUCCAAGUCGUCAGACACCGGUGGCUUGUUAUUGUUGAUAGAUAACAAUACUUGUUUCACCUCUUCCACACUCACUUUACAGAAUUCAAAAUUACAAUGCUUGUCUUUCAUAAUUUGAUCAGUUAUACUCGGAUGUGAAGUGUAAGCGUUUGUUGCUGGCAUGUCAUGCCUAAGUUUGCUAAUCUUGCCUAUUGAAGAAAUGGUUAAAGGUAUUGGCAAUAUCUGUGGGUUUUGUGAUGAAUGAGCUAUCUGACUCAAUGAAUGAUGGAGCUGAGUUUGCCUUUUUGCCCAAAAUUUCAUUUAAGAUGCUCCAAAAUAUAGUAUAGUUUCUUCUUCCUUUAAUUCAGUUUAGUCACAUGAUUUCUCAAUUUGCAGUAUGUUUGCCAAUCAGUUGUGCAGGCAGACUUAUUUGCCAUUCCUUUUGCCUCAUCCCUCUCAACCAAACAAUUUUUCAAUUCCUCAUCAAUCCAUGGGGAUUUAACAGUUUUUACAGUCAUUUUCUUAAUGGGUGCAUGCUUAUUAGUAACUAGAAUAAGCAGUUUCAUAAAUGUGUCAAGUGCUGUGUCUGGUUGCUCCUCAUUGCAAACCACAGACCAACAAGUAUUCUUUACAUCAACAACAUAGGAAUCCCUACAAAAUGUAUUGUAUGACCUCUUAUACACUAUAUUAGGCCCAGCCUUUGGAACUUUGGUUUUCCUGGAUAUGGCUACUAUAUUGUGAUCACUACAUCCAAUGGAUUUGGAUACUGCUUUAAAGCACAUUUCUGCAGCAUUAGUAAAGAUGUGAUCAAUACAUGUUGAUGAUUUCAUUCCUGUGCUGUUUGUAACUACCCUGGUAGGUUGACUGAUAACCUGAACCAGGUUGCAGGCACUGGUUACAGUUUGAAGCUUUCUCUUGAGUGGGCAGCUUGAUGAAAGCCAGUCAAUAUUUAAAUCACCCAGAAAAUAUACCUCUCUGUUAAUAUCACAUACAUUAUCAAGCAUUUCACACAUAUUAUCCAGAUACUGACUGUUAACACUUGGUGGUCUGUAGCAACACUGGGCUUUAGGUGGGGCAGAUUAACCUGUAGUCAUUUUACUUCAACAGUGUUUAACAUGAGAUCCUCUCUAUGCUUUACAGGAAGGUGGUUCUGAAUAUAAACAGCAACACCUCCAACAUUGGCAUUUCUGUAUUUUCUGUAGAUGUUAUAACCAUGUAUUGCUAUCACUGUAUCAUCAAAGGUAUUAUCUAAGUGAGUUUCAGAGAUUGUCAGAAUAUGAAUGUCAUCUGUUACAAGCAAAUUAUUGAUUUCAUGAACCUUGCUUCUUAAGCUACAUAUGUUGACGUGGGCUAUUUUUAGCACUUUUCUGGGAUGCUUGAUUGUUUUCAUUGCUUUACUGGGAAGCUUAGCAGAGGUAGACAUGAUCAUGUUAUUUAUGUUAGUGCAGGGUGAGCUGCACACAGUGGACUUCCUACUAGGGCACACCGCCUCAGUGCUGAAAGUAUAACUCUUGUUCAUAGGCACCUGAUUACUGCAUACAAUAGCUGUAGGAUCAGCAGAGGCAUUCAGGGCAGUUAGAGGGACAUAAAUUAGGUUACUUACAUUUUGUCUACCAACGCCCAUGGGAUAAUGUACAUUUGCUGAAUCAUUAUGACAACUCAGCGACACAAUGGUAGGGAUUAACUGAGCUGGGCUACGGUCAUUGUUGUGGGAUUCUUACACUGAUAACUUGUAUUUAAUAGACCACAUGUCAUAGAAAGUUUACUAUGACUUAUUCCAAGUAUUCAAUGUAUCAUGCAUUACUUUGGAGUGAACACAUUUGAAAUUAGCACAAAUGCCAUCUAAAUGUAAUUAAUUCACAAACAAGAAGCUGUGUUGAGAAGAAGGGCCUGCUUGUUUCUCUAAAGGUUAGGGUAGUACAUUAUCCUCAUGCAUAGUCAAUGGUUUCUCAUUAGAUGGGCAAGUGGCAAAGUCAAAAUUGGCUAUAUCAUAAAAAUGUACAUUGGUCUUAAUUUAAGGUUAGGGUUAGGCACAUGCUUGCUUAGCAAUGUGGUUAAGGUAAGGUUUAAAAUCUUUAAGAAGAUGAAUUGUAGAAAUUGGCGGGUUUAUGUUUUUGCCAGUCAAUGGCUUUGUGACCUGAUGUAACAUCUUAUUGAAGCAUGAUUUGUCCCCAUUGUCCCAUCCAGGUCUCCACUACAUCGGCCAGCUCCAUGAGAACAGUCUGCUGCGUAUUGCGUUCGACCAGAUCACCGAGGGCCAGUUGGAGUUUGUGGAGCUGGACCAGCACUUUGACACCAUCCAGAUUGGUGAGGGAGAGGACAAACGCGAGUACACCAUCUUCGCUGGCAAGACAGAGAUGGAGGCUCACCUGAAGAAUCAGUUUCCAGACGACGUCACUGCCAUUGAAACUUUUUUCAAUAUCAUGAAGGUACUUUAUUUUUUUCAGCUCAGGGCUUUGUUGGUAAUGAGAACACUGAAGUGAUCAAAUGAGUAUCAACAGUAUUGUAGUCACCUCAACCCAUCACCUAGCGACCUUAUCAAGAGAUUUGGAUCUCUUUGUGUAACAGCUGAGGUGUUUGGUUGACAGUUCCAAGGUCAUAGGUUCAAGCCCUGGUUGGGACUACCCUCUGACUUCACUAAAGUAUAAUAACUGGUGUUUUUACCUCAAAUGUCCUUUUAUAUCAUGCCAGGUGUCAGCCAAGAAGACCCACUACCUGGCCUCUCUGAAGCUGAUCCCCCAGUGGCUGGCUCUGUUCUUGCUGAAGUCCAGGAUCACCAACCUCUGCUCCUCCAUCUUUACCCUCUCUGGGACUGGAGCUACAGACCUGGUGAGCACCUUGACCACCAACAAGGACCUUCACAUCAUCUUCAGCUACCUAUUCUACGGUACGUGGUCUUAACAUUCUAGAUUCUAUUGUAUUGUAUUCUAUACUAAACUAUACUAUUCUAUUCCAUUCCAUUAUAUUAUUUCAGUAUUAUUCUAUAUAUUCAGUAUUAUAUAUGUAUACACAGUACCAGUCAAAAGUUUGGACACACCUACUCAUUCAAGUGUUUUUCUUAAUUUUUUACUAUUUUUGUACAUUGUAGAAUAAUAGUGAAGACAUCAAAACUAUGAAAUAACACAUAUGGAAUCAUGUAGUAACCAAAAAGUAGCCACACUUUGCCUUGAUGACAGCUUUGCACACACUUGGCAUUCUCUCAACCAGCUUCAUGAGGAAUGCUUUUCCAACAGUCUUGAAGGAGUUCUCACAUAUGCUGAGCACUUGUUGGCUGCUUUUCCUUCACUCUCCGGUCCAACUCAUCCCAAACCAUCUCAAUUGGGUUGAGGUCGGGUGAUUGUGGAGGCCAGGUCAUCUGAUGCAGCAUUCCAUCACUCUCCUUGGUCAAAUAGCCUUUACACAGCCUGGAGGUGUGUUUUGGGUCAUUGUCCUGUUGAAAAACAAAUGAUAGUCCCACUAAGCGCAAACCAGAUGGGAUGGCGUAUCGCUGCAGAAUGCUGUGGUAGCCAUGCUGGUUAAGUGUGCUUUGAAUUCUAAAUAAAUCACAGACAGUGUCAUAAGCAAAGCAUCCCCACACCAUAACACCUCUUCCUCCGUGCUUCAUGGUGGGAACCACACAUGCGGAGAUCAUCCGUUCACCUACUCUGCGUCUCACAAAGACACUGCGGUCAGAACCAGAAAUCUCAAAUUUGGACUCAUCAGACCAAUGGUCUGAUUUCCACCGGUCUAAUGUCCAUUGCUCGUGUUUCUUGGCCCAAGCAAGUCUCUUCUUCUUAUUGGUGUCCUUUAGUAGUGGUUUCUUUGCAGCAAUUUGACCAUGAAGGCCUGAUUCACGCAGUCUCCUCUGAACAGUUGAUGUUGAGAUGUGUCUGUUACUUGAACUCUGUGAAGCAUUUAUUUGGGCUGCAAUCUGAGGUUCAGUUGACUCUAAUGAACUUAUCCUCUGCAGCAGAGGUAACGCUGGGUCUUCCUUUCCUGUGGCGGUCCUUCGGAGAGCCAGUUUCAUCAUAGCGCUUGAUGGUUUUUGCGACUGCACUUGAAGAAACUUUCAAAAUUCUUGAAAUGUUCUGGAUUGACUGACCUUCAUGUCUUAAAGUAAUGAUGGACUGUCGUUUCUCUUUGCUUAUUUGAGCUGUUCUUGCCAUAAUAUGGACUUGGUCUUUUACCAAAUAGGGCUAUCUUCUGUAUACCACCCCUACUUUGUCACAACAUAACUGAUUGGCUCAAACGCAUUACGAAGGAAAGAAAUUCCACAAAUAAACUUUUAACUAGGCACACCUGUUAAUUGAAAUCCAUUCCAGGUGACUACCUCAUGAAGCUGGUUGAGAGAAUGCCAAGAGUGUGCAAAGCUGUCAUCAAGGCAAAGGGUGGCUACUUUGAAGAAUCUAAACUCUAAAAUAUAUUUUGAUUUGUUUAACACUUUUUGGUUACUACAUGAUUCCAUAUGUGUUAUUUCAUAGUUUUGAUGUUUUCACUAUUAUUCUACAAUGUAGAAAAUAGUAAAAAUAAAGAAAAACCCUUGAAUGAGUAGGUGUGUCCAAACUUUUGACUGGUACUGUAUAUUUUUUGUGUGUGUGUUUUACACCCUUUUUCUCCCCAAUUUCAAUCUUGUCUCAUUGCUGCAACUCCCCAACAGGCUCGGGAGGCAAAGUUUGAGUCAUGCGUCCUCCGAAACAUGACCCAGCAAACCGCGCUUCUUAACACCCGCCCGCUUAACCCGGAAGCCAGCCGCACCAAUGUGUCAGAAGAAACACAGUUCAACUGAUGACCGAGGUCAGCCUGCAGUCGCUCGGCCCGCCACAAGGAGUCGCUAGAGCGCGAUAAACCAAGUAAAGCCCCUCCGGCCAAACCCUCCCCUAACCCGGACGAUGCUGGGCCAAUUUUGCGCCGCCCUAUGGGACUCCCAAUCACGGCCGGUUGUGAUACAGCCUGGGAUCGAACCCGGGUCUGUAGUGACACCUCUAGCACUGCGAUGUAGUGCCUUAGACCGCUGUGCCACUCGGGAGGCCCUCAGUAUUAUAUUCUAUGCUCGGAAAGAGCCUAAGACAAACUGAGCCACAACUGGACUAUGGCAACCAGGGAAUAUCUGCCAUAAUUCAUGAAAUAGAACUGAGGUAGCUAAUCGUUUCUUUUCUGUUUUUUUCCCCUCAGGUGUUCCCCCCAAGGACUCCAGUGUUGUUAUCAAUGCUCUUUUGUUGCACCACUACAAGAGAGGAGCGUACUACCCUAAAGGAGGAGCCAGUGAGAUCUCCUACCACAUCAUCCCUGUCAUCCAGAAGUCUGGAGGCAACGUCCUGGUCAGAGCACCUGUCACUCAGAUCCUGGUCAACAAGGACGGGGCUGCAUAUGGUGAGAAUCCAGAUAUCGUCCAUAUCCGUUUCACGAUGGACAAGUUUUAAUACUCACCACUGCACCCUGUAUCAAAAGGUUGGCUGGUCCUCAUUGAAGUCCCGUAGAUAACUUAAUUACUUCCUUUUGGUUUACAAAGCUCUACUACACAAGCUUCCAACUUACCUUCAUUGCUAAAGUAUAAAAGAAUGAGCUACCAAACUCGCUCGCAGGGUUGGUUAACUCUUGAGGUCCCUCUGGUCUUUUAGUGCCCCCCACCUGCAAAAUUCCUUGCAUCUUGAUUCCCUGGUGCCGCUAGGGCAGUUUAGGACUCUGGUGUUAAAUGAAUUAAUUGAGGAUUGCAGUUGUUUUGAUUGAUUGUAAUGGUUUAGUUCCUGAAAUUGUAGUAUUGUAAUUGUACCUUUGUAGUUUCUUUUUUCUUGUUUUAUUUGGAAUGGUCAUUUUCUUGAUUGUGAAUAUGUUUGUACUCAGGGCGCCAUUGUGAAUGAGACUCUGGUCUCAAUUGGGCUUCCCUAAAUAAAUAAAAGUCCAAAAAUAUAUUUUUUUAACAAAUGCUGACAAUCCCGAUAUGGUCCAUAUCCAUUUCACAAUGGACAAACAGAGUCCUAUUGUAUUGAUUCAGUCCCUGAAACAUAGGACAGAUGUGAAAACUCUAUAAUAACAGCCCAAAGACAAAUUACAUGCACAGUCCACACAGUCUCCCCUUGUGUGCUAGGAGAGUAAGUGUCCCAUCGCUUAUUUCCGAAUGCAAGAAUUAUGAGGACUUAAAGAAACUUGUCCUAUUUCUAAUAAUUAAAUAUAUUUCCAUGAUGAGAUCAUGUUGAUAUUUCAAAGGCAUACAAUGUCUUUCUGAGUCUGCUCCUGUUUGUUUCCAUUGCCAGGUGUAAAGGUGAACAAGGGACAGGAGGAGGUGGAGGUACAUGCUCCUGUGAUCAUCUCCAACUGCGGUCUGUUCACCACCUUCCAGAAACUACUGCCCCCUGAGAUCCAGACCAAGCCAGGUGAGUCACACUGACAAACUAACAGCAUGUAGGAUUUCAAUCAAUUGAUUGAUUGAUCAGUCAAUAUGUGUUGCCUUAUGAUGUUCUAUCUUACUACUGUAAAGUAUUGCUAUGGGUUGAUGGUAAAACACUUUUAUUCCUAACAGACAUCCAGGAACGUUUGGACAUGAUGAAACACGGCAGAGGAUCAUUAUUGGUCUUCUCUGGCUUUGAUGGAACCCAAGAGGAGCUGGGUAUUGUCUCCACCAACUUCUGGCUCUACAAAAAUAAUGAUAUGGAUGGCUCGUAAGUACCAGGCACCGAAUCCUCUUUCAACAUUGAAAUGAGAUGAUAUCGCCAUCUGUACUCAGAAGGUGGCGCUGCUGCAUAAACAAUAAGUACAAGCAGUUACUAUGGCAUCACUACAUAGCCUACAGUUGUAUAUGGAGAUUAGUUUAAUUGAUGCAUCAUCACUCCAGCAUUUUUCAGAUGUUUACAGCCUUGUUGUUUUGUGUAGGAUGGAAGGGUUCUUUGCCAUGAGUAAAGAGGACGCACCUGAUAACAUCCCUAUGAUGUUCAUCACCUUCCCCUCUGCCAAAGAUCCUACAGCCAAGACGAGACACCCAGGUAGGAUACUGUACCAAUGAAUAUCAAAGAUAAUGUAGUCAAAGGGCGUGUACUUCUUUGUGCCACAACUACGCUGCAGACGUGUCGGCUGUUUACCAUGUUACAUUUCCAGGGAAAUCAUGCAUGACGAUAUUGACCAUGGUGAAAUACGAGUGGUUUGAGGAAUGGACAGAAACCUCAGUAAGAAAAAGGGGAGAUGACUACACCAACUACAAAAUGAAAUUCGCAAACAAUCUCUUUGACUGGGCAUGCACCCUAUUCCCCAAGCUGAGGGAAAAGGUAUGAACAAUUUUUUUCAAUUAACAUACAAGAGUGUAUAUUGUGUCUCUCUCUGUGUCUGUCUGUGUUUGGGGCUUUUUAGUGGUUAAUCCAUGUUAAUUGAUAACGUCUCUAUGCUCUGUCUGUUUCCAGUUGGUGUUCCAGGACGUUGCGACCCCCCUGACUAACAUGCACUACCUGGGAGCCCAGCGUGGGGCUAUGUACUCUGCUGAGCACAACCUGGACCGCUUCCAUGCUGAGGCUGUGGCCAGGAACCGCUGCUCCACCCCUGUCAAAAACCUCUUCAUCUCAGGUAACACUCCUGGAACUUCUCCUCUAAUGCUUCUCUUAAAGAUGAAAUCAUUUAUAAAGGGAGACGAAAUGUGCAUUAGCCGUAAAGUCUAUUUUGUAUGAGCUAUAUAGUCACAUUUUGUGAAGACUAUUUACAGUUACAAACUCUUGUUAGAUUUUUUUUUGAAUGUACUGGGCAGCAGGUAGCCUAGUGGUUAAGAGCGUUGGGCCAGUAACUGAAAGGUCGCUGGUUUGAAUCCCCAAGCUGACUAGGUGAAAAAAAAUCUGUUGAUGUGCCCUUGAGCAAGGCACUGAACCCCAAUUGCUCCUGUAAGCCGUUCUUAAUAAGAGCAUCUGGUAAAUGCACUGUAUGUGAGGGAGCUUGCAUGUCUUCAGGCCAUCUUUGCCUUAUAUGGUGUGUGUGGUUGUACCUUUUCCAGGGCAGGAUGUGUUCAGCUGUGGGAUAGCAGGAGCGUUGCACGGGGGUCUCCUGUGUGCCUCCACGGUCCUGGGCCACAUCGUCUACAUCGACCUCCUCUUCCUCAAGAAGAAGCUGAAGAAGCAGAAAUCCAGAAAGAUGGCCAGGCUGGUUAAGAAGCUCGAGUGAGGAGACUGCACUCUAUUUCUAUGCUCCGGAGUGAAGUUUCCCCUAUAAGUACAGAUCUAGGAUCAACUUCCCCUCCCCCCAAUCCUAACCUAAACAAUAAGUUGGGACAAUUUAAAACUGACCCAAGAUCAGUGUCUAUGGCCAGCUUCAUCCUACACACUACUUCUACAGUAAGGUAGCCUAUGCAGGGUCGAAGAAGAAGAAGAAACCACUAACAUCCGUUUUUCAGGGACACAAUAUCUUCAACAUAAAAACGUAUGUAGGGACCACAGGAGGUUGGUGGCACCUU